GCUAAAUUUCAACAAUUAUUUGCCACACUCGCAGUUGAAGAAGAAGAAGAAACCCCAACUAAAAUCACACACCACCAAAUCCCACCGCGGAGGAUCUUUGAAUCCACUCCAGCCGAUUAAAAUGCCUCCCAAAUCCGAAUCCUCCGCUCAGAUCUCUUCCUCCGCCGCAUCGGCGGAUUCUCCGAUCUCCUCCGUCGACCCCAUCUUCCAUAUCCUCCGUAUUCUCCCAUUUUCCUUCCUACGUCCUCCGCGCCUCCGCCUCAAGCUUCCGACCUUUACCCUCCCUUCUCCAAUGACCGUCUACGCCCUCGUCCUCCUCACUUAUUUCAUGGUCGUCUCCGGUUUCGUCUACGAUGUAAUCGUCGAGCCUCCCGGCAUCGGAUCCACUCAAGACCCGGCGACCGGAUCCGUCCGACCCGUGGUUUUUCUUCCGGGUCGCGUCAAUGGCCAAUACAUCAUCGAGGGGCUCUCGUCUGGGUUCAUGUUCGUACUGGGUGGAAUCGGAAUUGUGAUGAUGGACCUUGCUCUUGAUCGGAAUCGCGCCAAGAGCGUCAAGGUUUCGUAUGCGUUUGCUGGGAUUUCUUCUGUUGUUCUUGCAUAUGUAAUGAGUAUGCUUUUCAUCCGCAUUAAGAUCCCUGCUUACCUUCGUUGAUAUAUAGUAGAGAAAUUUAGGAUCUACGUCGGAUUACUUGAAACCCCCCUUUUGUCUCGAGGAAUGAAAGAACUUUUUUUUUUGCAGCUUUUGAUAUUCUCUGUGUAGGAAGCCUUAUUUGAUGUUACACAUUAUAACAUUAUCAAUGAACUAGGCUUUUGUUAUGUGUUUCUUAUUUAAGAGCAAGUUGCUGUCUGAAUCA